AGUGACGUUCAUUCUCCAUCAGGGAUCUUUGUUUUGCAUCGCUUCCCGAUUUGCAUUUGUUUCUCAGGUUUUCCAUCCGACGCUCCAGCCGCCGAAAAGCCCCGCGCGCGCGCAAAGGCGCAUCCCCCCGCGAGCUCGCGUCCGUUCACGUCUACAGAAUCGGGAAAAGUGGGAAUAACCGCGAGCUGAAAGGAGGGAAAUUACAUGUAUUCGCCCCGCGUCCCAGACAUCACCAUCCACUCGCGGAGACACGUGCGAUAGAGGUAAACAGCCGAGAGAUCCGCCUGGACGAACCCCGAUCCAUUCAGCAGCAGAUAUACUGUAGCGUACAGCAUGUCGGAUGUAUUGCCGUACAACGAGGACAAAAUGACUCAUUAUGGCAACGACGGCGACGAGGAACACCUUUCCUUCACCUGCCGCCUCCAAGACACUAACAACUUUUUCGGUGGCAACCAGAAUAAACGACCACCGAAGCUCGGGCAGAUCGGGCGAAGCAAAAGAGUGGAGGAAGACAACGAUGGCGAAGCGCUGGACAAGAGCACAGAGAAGUCCUCAUCAGCGUGAAGGAACCCAAAGACUCUCUGAUGUGUACAUCCAAAGACUCUCUCUUCCCAAGCACUCCACGCAUUCUCCCCAAAAUCUCUCCAUUGUCCAGGGUUUACAUUGUGAUGGACUGAAUUAACCUGGAAGAUUAUGGCCCAGCAGGGGGGCUUUGAAGGAAUACUGUGUUUUCCAAUCUACUCUCUCCGAGAUAUGUGCAAUGACAGGGCUCGGUCUCAUUAAGCAGCAGACCGGGCUCUAAUGUAGUCUUUUGGUUUCUAAUGAAGCAAUUCGAUAAGACUGAGCAAACCAUAUACCAUUAACACCCAGCUAGUAUCUUCCCGCUUGUAGCUUACUAGUGGUGUUAAUGGUAUUCUAGCAACGUCGACCCUUUUCUUCCAUGGUGGACCUUCAAAGAGGCUCCACCACGUAUGUAAAAACACACACAAAAAAAAAGCUAUUUAUUAAAUCUUUGGAUACCUAUUUUGCAGUGUUGAAGGUUGAGCAAACGUUUUAUAUAUAGAGAACGACGACGAUGACGAGAUGCAUUGGAUUAAUGUUUUGUAUGUAGCUAAACUGUGAUUCUCGUGAUCCAUUUCAUUCAUUUGAUGUUUGAUCUGGAAUGUCAGUUUGAGGACCUUAUUGUCAUAAAAAAGCAGCAUAUUUACUGUAGAUGUGCCAAAUUAUCCUGAGGGAAACAUAUAUCGCUGUGCUUUCUUGGUGUGCACAGGUUUAUGAAUAUUCGGUGGUCAUGUUUACAGGGCUCUUUCAUACUUGUGAUGUAUUCUAGUCAUGCAUGACGAAACCUUAAGACCUCAAGAACGUCUUCUUGAAAUAUAUAAAUAUAUAUAUAUACCGUAUUUAUCUCACAGAACAUUUCUACAGAAUAUCUGUUAUAAUAAAGAUUUGGAGAAACA